AAUGUAAUAAUACUAAUAGUAUUAUGUUUUAGUCAAGGUUUAGUAAAUGGCUUACAAGAAAUUGAUAAACUUAAGUCUCAAGUACAAGAAGUUCAUGUACCCUUGGAGGUGUUUGAUUACAUCGACCAAGGAAGAAAUCCACAAUUGUAUACUAAGGAUUGCAUAGAAAAGGCACUAACUAAAAAUGAACAAGUAAAAGGGAAGAUCGAUGCCUAUAGAAAAUUUAAAGCGAACAUGCUUGUAGAGCUAACCCGAGUAUUUCCAACUGAAUUAGCCAAGUAUAGAGCAAUAAGAGGAGAUGAAUGAAUCAAAAUAAUGAAAUGCAUACGCCAAAUACCAUACUGCUUUCUAUCAACUCUUUUGUUUAAUACUAUACAUUUUGUACAAUAAAUAUUUAUUAUUAAAGAAAGAUUAUGUAAAAGUA